AUGGAAGAACUUUGGCAGAAACACCAUCUCAGGACCAAUUCAAACAGCUUGGACGGACCAAGAAAUAAUUUCAAUGCUUCAAUUCCAAAUCAUUUCAAUAUUCAACCCAAACUUAAACAAACUUCCACUAGUACUCAAUCCAGUGCAUCUUGCUCCCAAGAAGGGACCCGAUCUAUUCCGAUUCAUAUUGGAUCUAAGGAAAGUCAACCUCGGUAUAGAUUUGGACUCAUUCAAAAUGGAAUCCCUCAGCCAGAUUAUCAAGAUCCUUACUCCGGGAAUGUAUGCUUGCAAAAUAGACCUAUCGAAAGGUUAUUUUCACAUACCUAUCCAUCCCAACUCGAGACGUCUCUUGGGCUUCGUCUGGAAAGGAGUAUUCUACCAAUUCAAUGUCCUCCCAUUCGGAUUAUCCAACGCCCCACAAAUAUUCACAAAAAUCAUGAAACAAAUAGUGAAGAAGUGGAGAGAGAAGGGUUGGAUAAUAUUCAUAUACAUCGACGAUAUAUUAAUCCUCAGCCUGGAAGGCCCAGAAAUGUGUCAAUCAAUAACGAACCAAGUAAUUCAAGAUUUGAACACUCUCGGUUUCCUUAUCCAACCCAACAAAUGCAUCUUAAUACCAACACAGACUAUCGAGUUCUUGGGCCUAACACUGAACUUCAAAACAGGAACUAUUCAAAUUCCAACCUCCAAGAAGGAGACAGCUCUAACCAUGAUCGACGAUCUAAUCACCAAAUCCCAGAACAACCUGUCAGUUCCUUGCAGAACAAUAGCUCAUUUCACUGGAAAAAUGGAAUUCCUCAGACUUGCCGAGAGAGCAAUUCCUUGCUUCUGUCACAGGUUGAGAAGAAGCAUGUCCUUAGUAGUGGACAAAAUAGGUUGGAACUCGUCAAUGAAAAUCUUCUCCAACGUUUUAAAGGAUUUGAAAAUCCUCAAAUCCAUAAUCCUCUCGUCUCAAGGUACACCUUUCGAGAUCACCUGGAAUCUCCAAAGGAUAUACUCGGACAGUUCAACUCUCGGUUACGGUGCGUUUCAAGGGAACAAUGUUCUAGUGGGUACCUGGGAGAACCCAGAAACCCACAUCAACAUCAAAGAACUAUCCACAGUUCUUCUGUUCCUUCAAAACGCAGCCUCCAACCAGCUUUACCCCAAGAAAACCCAGUUCCACUGCAUCGUGGACAAUACAACAGCAAUCUCCUACCUCAAGAAAGGUUAUGGCCCAGUGGACUCACUGGCCACCAUAGCCAGAUCUAUAUGGAAGAUCCUUCUCCAACAAGAUUGGUCAAUCUUGAAAGUGAGCUACAUCCCCUCCCAGGAGAACGUAGUAGCAGAUUCACUUUCGAGAGUCGGAGACUGGCAAACUUCCAAAGAACUCUUCCAACUCCUGAACGCCAAAUUCGGUCCAUUCACAGUGGAUCGUUUUGCAUCAGCCCAAAACCACCACCUCAUCAAAUUCAACUCUUGGACCCAUCUCCAAGACGCUUUCAAAGAAGAUUGGAGCAAAGACAACAAUUACAUGUCUCCUCCUCUCAGUCUAAUUCCACUAACAAUAAUUCAGAUCAUCAAGAACCGAGCGAAGGGUUCCUUGAUUAUUCCGAACUGGACAAGCUCAUGGUGGUAUCCUGUGCUUACAAAGAUCUCCUUAAGGAUAGAAAAAUUUCCAAGAAAGAUGCUUAUAAUAUCGCCCUCCACAGAAAUCUGGAAGAACUCGAAAUGGAACGAGUUCUUGGCUGUGGAAGUGGAUGGAGCCCUCUAUUCGAAGGUUGGAGAACCAUCUGUCUAGAGGCCACUUACAGUCCGGACUCCAUCUUUCACAUGUGGAGAUGCUUCAAACGAUUCCAAGAAUACAGAUUCUGGCACCAACUACCGUUCACUUAUGAAACAGCUGAAAAGUUUGUUUUCUAUGAAUUAGAAAACAAAAAAGGCUGGGAACUUCCUCGCCUUAAAUCUUCACUCACAUUCUUUGCAAAAAUCUAUAAGAUCAACCUGGAGUGGAAACCGGAAUUUAAUGACCUUAUUAAGGGUGGUCAACGAAUUUACAAUGCAAUACACAAACGAUCUCUUCAAAGGGAUGGAGUUUCCAUUUCUCACAUCUUAGAUUGGAUGGAGAAAUAUCAACCUUCAUCCGAGAAGGACAAAUUUGAAAAACUCCUGAUUGCAACCACCAUGAUCAUUGGAUUCCGCACACUCUUUCGUCCCUCAGACAUUGCUUCUAUUAAAUGGUGUGACAUUACCUGGGACAAACCAAAGAAGGGUUGGAUUCAAAUAAUUAAUUCAGGUCACAAAACCGACAAGAUGAAUCUCGAUAAAGAUCCCAUCAUAAUCGAACCAGCCCCAAACCAAAAGUACUGCCCAGUGAAAUUAAUCACCUCAUACAGAGACCAAGUCCACCACUUCAAAGAAAGAAAUAGUCCUUUCCUCUCCUUUACCGACAAUCGUUUCCUAACAUCAAACCACAUAUGCGAAUUCAUGAAGAAAGUGAGAAAAAUCCUUAACAUUAAGGAAAAUAUUCUAGGGCACUCCCUUAGAAUCGGAGCAGCUUCCAAACUCACCGAAGAAGGAGAAUCGUUGGAUGUGAUCAUGCAUGCAGGUAAAUGGAAAUCAAACGCCUGCAAUGCAUACACUAGGAAUAUUGCUUUAGCAAAUAGAGGACUUUCCAACACACUUUUCAAUAAGGAAGACAACCUCUGA